GCGGUGGAGCGGGCUCAGCGGGCCACCCGCAGUCGACGGUCGGACAUCAGGUGGAGGCUGUGUCGCUCCUGUCGCCGGUCAGCCGCCCUCGCCAUGUCCAGCUACAGCUAUAAGGUGACGCGCGAGACGUCGGGGCCGCGCGGCGGCUCUUACUCGACCAGCAGCUACUCGUCGCCGACCGCCUACUCGCCGCCGCUCAACAAACAUUACGACUGGCUGUGUGACUACGACCCGGUGCACGUCUACUAUCUGACCCACACGGACAUGGGCUCCCACAUGGUGCUCGACGAGCUGGACAUGAUCCGCGCGCAGAACUUCCUCGACCCCGAGUACUGGCCCUACUACUGGCCCUACUUUGCGCCGGAGCAGUUGCUGCAGGGUCGGAGCUACCACUCGUCGUACAUGUCGCCCUCGGUGCGCACCAGCCGGUACGUGCCGCCACCCAGGACCUACACGUACACCACCUACGAUAGCAGCCCCAGAACCACCUAUGCGCCCAGGAGCGACAUUGGAGAGCACGUCGUCAAGCGCGUCGAGCGCGUAGUCGAGUCGACCACGACCAAUGUGCCCCGAUACUUUUGAUUCCAUCCCCGGCCCUUCCCUAGCCCGGCCCCCGCCUUUCUGUUUCUUCUCUGCAUGCUACUAACGCCACGGCGGCUCCCGC